GUCUUUCAUAGUCAGCCAAUCAAUCACAAUGCCUUUGACAGAGCAAACUUCUUGAGAAAUACAGAUUCCCUCCAACUCAAACUCCCCUUCUUCAACAAGACUCCUAAUUAGAUGCAGAGUCAUUGUAGAUAAUUCAGUGAGAUUACAGUUUUAAUUUAGUUAAUGUUAAUAAUUCUCAGAUUCCUUUCAAAUUUGAAAUCCAUUUUUUUGAAUAAAUUAUACAGUACUCAAAAGUAUAGGUUGAAAAACUUAAACCCAUUAAUUAUAAUUCGAUUUUAUUUUGGAAGAUUAGCAAGAUUGAAGAAGUGGGUAUUGCAGUAAUUUAUCAAAAGGGUAUGUCUCAAAUUAAAGAUCAAAUUGAAGAAAAAAUUGAGGGUUGGUUGUAUUUGAUUAGUUCCAAUCGUCUGGGGUUGCAGAACUCGCGUAAACGCUACUUUGUUCUUCAGAAUCAUCACUUCAAAUGCUACAAAUCAAUCCCAAAUUCUCAGAAUGAGUUGUAUCCUGUCAAAAGUACGAUUGUAGACUCCGGCAUCCGUGUUGCAGAUAAUGGCAGAGAGAGCAUUCAUAGAAAAGUAUUCUUUAUUUUCACCCUGUACAACAGUUCUAAUCACAAUGAUAAGUUAAAGUUGGGCGCAAGCAGUCCUGAAGUAGCAGCCAGAUGGAUCCAUUCCUUUCAAGAAGCAGCAUCCAAGGUGUUUCCCAUUGGCGAGAUUAGUGGUUUGGGUUGUCCCAAGAGCGCAUGGCAGUCUUAUAGAUUGAACAGUUCUAAGAGGAUAUAUCAUUCCAGUACAACAAAUUGGCCUACUGGUUCAUCCUCUCAAAUGGAUCCUAUAACAAAUGAUGUUGUUGCACCUUCAGCAUGGACAAUAUUUGGAUGUCAGAAUGGAUUGCGAUUAUUCAAAGAAGCCAAAGACAGGGAUUUUCAUGGAAAGCGGUGGGAUGACCAUCCUGCAAUUAUGGCUGUUGGCGUAGUGGAUGGAACAUCAGAGAAUAUUUUCCGUGCAGUCAUGUCUCUCGGUCCCUUAAGAUCACAAUGGGAUUACUCUUUCUAUAGAGGGAAUGUUGUUGAGAAUCUUGAUGGCCAUACUGAUAUCAUUCACAAGAAGCUAUGUGCUGAUUGGUUACCUUGGGGAAUGAAACAAAGAGACCUCUUGUUGAGGCGGUAUUGGAGAAGGGAUGAUGAUGGAACAUAUGUGAUCCUUUAUCAUUCGGUAUAUCACAAAAAAUGCCCCCCACAAAAAGGCUAUGUUCGUGCGUGCCUUAAAAGUGGAGGCUAUGUAAUAACUCCUCUCAGCCAUGGGAAGCAGUCUGUUGUGAAGCAUAUGCUUGCCAUUGAUUGGAAACAGUGGGCAGCUUAUGUGGUGCCUUCUUUAGCCCGAUCUACAACUAUAUGUAUGCUUGGAAGAAUUGCUGCAUUAAGAGAACUUUUCAAAGCAAGGGCAGGGGAUUGCUUCUCUAAUAUCUCAUCCGGAGAUUUGGCUUUUUACCAUGGCACACAGAAUGAGAGUAAUCCUGAAAUUUACCCGCCUGCUGUGAACGUGGAAGAAAAACUGGAAGAGAAAAUUGAGGAUGAAACUGAUGAACCUGGUAGCCUUGCAGAACUUAAUGAUGUCAGCGACGAAUUUUUUGAUGCCCCAGAAGGAUCAGAUUUUGAUCUAUCAGAUCAUGGUUGGCCUUCUGAUUGCAGUCCAGAGACACAUUUGCAGGAUGCAAGACCAAAGUUAUCCACGGCUUCCGUGUUUGCGAAAAAGUUGCAUGAGUUAGCAGUGCAUAAGAAGGGCUAUGUCGAUUUGGUAGAGAUGGCCGCCAAAGAUGGGAUAUCGUGCUGCUAUGGUGCUACACUUGAGGAAGAUUCAACUUGUACUGUUGCUUCCAGUUGGACAACAACAGAUCCAUCUACAUUUCUGAUUCGUGGAAAAACUUAUUUAAAAGACAGUCAAAAGAUCAAGGCAAAUCAAACCUUAAUGAAAAUGGUAGGUGCUGACUGGAUAACAUCUGACAAAAGAGAAGAUGACCUUGGGGGUCGCCCUGGUAGCAUAGUGCAGAAUUCUGCAACAAAGGGCGGAUCCGAAUUCUUUUUCAUAGUGAAUAUACAGGUCCCUGGAUCAAAAACGUACAGUCUAGCACUAUACUAUAUGAUUAGUAAUCUACAAGACGCACCUCUGCUGCAGAGCUUUGUUGACAGAGAUGAUGCAUACAGAAAUUCAAGGUUUAAACUUAUUCCAUACAUAUCCAAGGGCUCAUGGAUAGUCAAACAAAGUGUUGGAAAGAAAGCAUGCCUGGUGGGACAAGCACUGGAAAUCAAUUAUUUUCAAGGGAAGAAUUAUAUAGAGCUCGGUAUUAAUAUUGGCUCGUCAUCAGUUGCAAGAGGAGUCACUAGUCUUGUUCUUAGUUACCUUAACAACUUGGUUAUUGAAAUGGCUUUCUUGAUUCAGGCAGAUACGGAUGAAGAGCUCCCUGAACAACUUCUUGGAACUUGCCGUCUCAACCAUCUAGAUGCUUCCAAAGCAAUUCUAAUAACUUAAUAGAAUCAGUUUCUUUUUCUAUAUUUUUCUGAGGUGCCUUGUUGUCUCGAGGUUGAAGCAUUUGGUGUUCUUCCUUGGUUACACUCAGGCUACACUGAUGUUUUUGGUGAAAAUUUUUAUCUUAUUCCAAAAAAAUUAAUUACAUGUAUAUUCUAGUACGUACAUUGAUGUAUAUAAUUGAUUUGUUGGUUUUC